AUGUUCUAUAAAAAAUGGCAGGGGGCCUAUAAUACAACGAGGAAAGGACAAGAAAAAAAGCAUUUAUACUUGUGGGAAAUUGUUCAUUCUUUUUUCUUUCUCUGCUUCCUGUUUCCAGCUGAAGUAUACAUAGGAAUUAGAAAACCUGCAGAAGCCACUGCUUGUACUCAGGAAGCUGCUAACCUCUUUCCUAUGUCUCACAAUGUUCUCUACAUGAGAGGUCAGGUGGCAGAAAUUCGGGGAAAUACGGAUGAAGCCAAGCGCUGGUAUGAAGAGGCCUUAUCUAUUAGCCCUACGCAUGUCAAAAGUAUGCAAAGAUUGGCUCUAAUUCUUCAUCAGCUUGGCCGGUACAGCUUGGCCGAGAAGAUCCUUCGGGAUGCUGUCCAGGUGAACUCAACGGCCCAUGAAGUUUGGAAUGGCCUUGGGGUGGUUCUGCAAGCUCAGGGUAAUGAUGAUGCAGCCACAGAAUGUUUCCUGACGGCACUGGAGCUUGAAGCCAGUAGCCCUGUUGUCCCUUUCACCAUCAUCCCUCGAAUCCUUUGAAAGGCAGGCUGCUCAUCCUGCUUCAGCUGAACUUGAGAAUGUGAGCUAAUCUUUCCUUCUGACUCCAAGGGGCAGCUCUUCACCCUGAGAGGUAACAAAUACAACUGCAGGCAAUCUGCUCAUUUCUGUCGGGUGUCCAACGUGGGAAAGCAAUAUAGGAUGUAAAUCAGUGAAGAAAAAUUAGAAAAGAGAAGGAAAUAAACACACAUGCACACUUUAAGCCACCAUGUAUGUAUUGUCUACAUUUUUGCCACAUAGUCAUUUCGAAACCUGAUGCUUAUUGUUCAAAUGGAUAUUGUGCCAUAUUUUGUUAGGUGACAUCAGAGUGUUAUGUAAAAACUCUAAAUAGAAUCAGUGAUAGAUAAUAGAUUCAGGUUAAAAAUUCAGUGGCAGAGCAAAGCCUAUUUUUAACCAAGCCUGUCAAAGACCUGUUCUCUUCGUGGCUUUCAACCUCUCUGGAGCUCAGAAUCAAAAUGUGAAAUUUGCUGUGUUCCAUCUUGUAUGGUAGUCCAGCCCAGCAAAUCAGCUGAAAGGUUAUGUUUUGAGUUGUUAAUAGCUGUGAUGUGUAGCUAAUUGUUAUUUCUUGUAUUUAGAAGAAAGGUUGUGUACAAGAAUAUUUAUAUUUUACCAGCGUAUGCCUGUUGAAAUGAAAAAGAAAUGAAAAUAUUAGUUAUUUAAGUUUAACUUUUUUAUGUGAAUCCAGAGUUUAUUUAUCAAUGGAAAUAUGUAAAAAAGAUGCUAAAAAUAGAAUAUUUACCGACAUUCCUUAUGAAGUAUACACUACCUUGGCUCAAUGGAAAGAUUAUGUUAAUAAUAAAAUAAUUUUUG